AGAUCCACUAGCUGAGAUUAUGUGCUUCGCUGCUUAUUGACUUAUUGAUUUAAAUAGGUGAUCGACAUUGAUCACAUUUUGAUAAUUAAUUAUUAUUUGUUAAUUAAAAUACAGAAAAAAAUAAUAUUUCAAAGUUAGUAUAAGCAUUGUUUCCCCACUGCCAGUGUAGCAAGGUUCCGACAAGGAAAGUCGUCCGCAGAUUUCAAAAAUCUCCAGUUGAAGUUGUAAGUAUUUUUAUGCCACCAUUUCUCACUUGAAUUUGUGUAACUUCGUUUAUUUUCCUCCACACAUAACAUACUUCACAGGUUGCAAGAACAAAUUAACCAAUUAUUUAAAUAACUUUUUUUUUUUUAAAUUAUAAUCUCAUCUUCCGUAGAAUGUAAUAAACAACGAAUCAAACAUAAGUGGGGCUCUCAGAAAUGACGUUAAUUUCGUUUCAUACAAUUUUGUAGUGGCAGAAUCAUGUCUAGGUCGUCUCCUGGAGGACCUUGCCACAUACGAAAGGAGAGCUGCGACUAGGAAAACCUGAACCUUAACUUAAUAUACACAUAAGAAUUACAUACAUACCGGUAUAUAUAUUAGUGAAACAUAAAAAUUUCAAGAUUCGAGAAAUUAAAAUAAAGUUUUGAAAUUUGAUCCGCAAAUGAAAUUAUUUUAAUUUUAGUUAUAAUUUUAUUCUUUACGAAAGGUUGUGUAAAGAAACGCUGUUCUGUAUAUUUGACGACCCACGAUCAAUUUAUUGAUAGUCUGGCUCCUGGUUUGAAUUCAGAGUUUGCCUUCUCUUAGAUGGGUCCCAUCCACCCGGGGUGCUUGGGAUGUUUUUGCCUGUCUUGGCUUUGGUUGGGAUUGAACUUCAGAUUACCAGCUAUUUUUAUUACCCACUAUUUUUUUUAAGACUACUCAAGUGGAUAAAUUAAAUUAAUCUUUUUUUCUUUUUUAAUUUUUAGACGACCAUUUGCUUUUUUUUAAAAUUAACUUCUUUUUUUUUUUUGGUCGAGUGUAUUGACGAGUAUGGCGUCCCCCAGAUGUUGGAACCCGGGCUGUUUACUGCCUUCUUCCCUCCCUUCGUACAACCCUCAUUACCUUAGUUUCCUUUGGUGUGUAUAUACACACCAAUUUUUUAAAUUCUAUUUUUAAUUUCGUAUAGAAGAUGCAGUCCCAACCAGGUCAGCUGACCACCGUCCAGAACAUAUUGAAAGGAAAGCUCGGUGAAAUCGUGAUCCAGUACAAGGAGAUACUGGACACGUUGAAGAAAGUGGAUCAGUUUAUUAAUGAAGUAACUAUUUAUUUUAUCUUUUAACCAGUACCAAUUACAUGUAUUGUAAGUUAUUUCUUAUUAGAAUAUAAUUUGUUAUUUCUAUUUGUUUAUCAUCUGCUGGAAAAGGCAUCUUGCCAAAACGUCCUUUUAAUUGUCCUGUCUUUUUUUGUGUGUUAAAGCCUAAGCAAAAUAAUCUUGUUCUAUUUAUUCAUUCCAAACGAGAACUUAUUCACCAAAACUUAUAUAUACCAAACUUGGAACAAAUUCUUUUAAUAAAUAAUAGCUUUUGUAUAGAGAAAUCUUUAUCAUCUUAACACCGUAUAUUUCCGAGAUGAUUUAUUCCUAUAUAUUUUAUGUUAGAUGAUAUAUUAGUGAUAACUCAGCGUAAUAUAAAGCUAUGUUUCAACUUCCGUGCAAUUUAAAAUAUAUGUACUUAAUACAUUCUGGUAAAAAAGUGUGUUUUUUUAAAUAAUUUUAAUCAUUAACAUAGUUAUAAUCGAGCGAUGUCUGGAAAUAAACUCACAGUUUUCCCCAACCUCCUAGUCCCCCCACCCCCCCCACCCCAUUUUCCUCACGGCCUGCCUGUUUGGUGAAGUCGUAAAAUAAAAGUGUUUCCGGUCGAGACAAAGUGCAUCACUGUGAUAGAAAUAAACAACCAGCUCAACAAUAUUUAGUUUUGAAGUGGUCGGGGGCAUCCGGGUCGGGGGCAUCCGCCGGCAUCAAGCAAACGAUGAUGAGGAGUUUCGCUGCAAUAAUCAAAGCCAUAAGGCCUGGGCAGGGUGUUUUUGUAUGAAGAAUAUCCUGGUUCCCAGUCAGGAAAACACCCUCUCCAGACAUGUGAUGAGCCCCAGUGAACAUCAAAUGGAUGGUGCAGCUUAACUCUAGGGGUGUCGCAGGAAUUGCCGGAAUGCACAUUCUUUCAAUAUAGUACCGCUUACGAGACUCAAUCUCGGGAUUUCUCUGUCAGUGUUGUGUCCCUUGGCCUUUAACCAUUAGUUUGUAGCCGCAAAGCAGAAAGUCUGCAAUCGUAGUCUUCCUUUUCUUAGAUGGGCCACCAUCCCAGGUUGACAAGUCCCAUCUCACCAUCCCAGGUUGACAAGUCCAAUAUCACCAUCCCCAGGUACGCAAGCCCCAUCUCACAUCCAGCUUGACAAGUCCCAUCUGAUCAUCCCAGGUUGACAAGUUUCAUCUCACCAUCCCAUCCCAUCUCACCAUCGCAGGUUGACAAGUCCCAUCUUUCUGCAAUGUAGUUCAACAGUUAUUAAUAUAAUGAUCAACUGAUUAUUACUAUCAUUCUUCCCCGGGGCUCCGGUUGACAAGCCUGUGGUGGCUUGCCGAAUAGGAGACGUCGGGUACCGGACCCCUCGACGUUACCCGUGGAACAGGACCACCAUUGCGUGGGCAGACAAGGGACAUACAUGGUACCUGCCGGAAUAAAAAUAACACCUACAGGGCUACCAGCUGUGACGGUUUACAGUUAGAAGUAAAGGCAGAGACAGGGUAGGGAUCAUGAUUACAAGCUAUCGUUAAUGGAUAUGAGGCAAGAGGCGAAGGUGGAAGCCUCUUGCCGAUUAUUCUACACACAUAACCACGAGAAAGAUGUUCCUAUGCAACCGUUUCGUCCCAGCUACUUCACAAAUAGGUUUCGUAGUAGAAACCCACUGUCGAAAUCCUCUUGGAGGGCGUCCGACGCUUCCCCGGGAUGUGUGGAGGAAGAUAUUAGAACGUUAAUGCACCAUCCCGACUCCAUGGGAGAGUUGGCUGCGAACGCUUUACACGCGGCGUCCUAGGUAGACCGGACGUCCCCGGGACGGCCUCCAUUUGUAACCCGCUUGGGUGGGUGCGGGGGGUGUGGUCUCGGUUGGUUGAGUCCCUGACGUGCGGCCACACGGUCCGGUAUCGGGGGGAACCCGGUGCUUGGGCUGUGAGGGAGGGGGGAGCAUUAAGAGCUAGCGCUGGACAGCGCACUGACGCCAUUUCCCAAUGUAAUUUUGCUAUCAUCAAAGUUAACAAAUCUAACAAGUUACAAACAGUUGAUCAAAUAACAGCGAUGUUUAAUUGCCGUAACUGUUUACAAAUAUCCAGCCAGCAAACAGACGGCAGACUUCAGUCAAUCUGAGAUUAUAAAUUAGAUCAGACUGUCCCUGAACAAAUGAUUUUUAGUUCAAAAUCCUGCAAUGUUGUUCAAUCAAUGAGUACCCAUAAUGUGUAUUCUUUAGUUGAUAAAUGCAUUUAAGAAGGCGAUUUAUGGCCAACGCCUGCCCGUUUUUUUACAAUGUAGGUUUAACUUAAAUUACGCGUUAUUUACAAUGUAGAUUUUACUUUGUCAAACAGGCUGAAACAAAAGUGAUGACCGUGGUCACAAAAAAAGUAACCUCUUACAGUUUAAAUCUGGCUUCACAUUUCGACCUCAUGCAAGACAAACUAAAUAUUUGUAUGGAAUCGAUGGAAGACAUGGUUCACUUUCAUUGUGGGUAUUAUAUUGUAUUCAAAUUCUUUUUUAAAAAUAUUUGUUUAAAAAGAACUUUAAUAACUAAGAAUAUUAUCUGUAAGUCCAAGAGUAAAACUAAACAAAACGUCUGUUUACACUGUUUUGAAAGGUUGAAGACGAUUGGAUAACUUAUCCAGCAAGUAAUUAGUUACUUAAACAUCGAUGAUAGCUCUGAAAAAGCUGAAGAAGAAAUUAGCCAAUUUAGUGUAACUUUAAAAACUAGGUAUGUGUGUCCAUGUAACUGUUAGUAUGUCCAUCGUCCGUGUCACUACUACUGUUUUAUUAUAUUCAGCACAAAAUCUUACAAUUUAAUUUACUCCAAACAGACUCAGACAGCAAUGAGAAUGAGAAGUCAAAAAGGUCUUUCCUUACUCAGCAAUGUUCUUCUUCGGUUUCUUAUUUAUUGAAACAGAAACUUGAAACUCUGGAGGAAAAAAUGUCCAGCUUAGAGACUCAUGUUUUAGCCAAAGAAAAUAACUUAUCAUCCCGGCUUUAUAAGACUGAAGCCAAACAGAUGCUUAUGGAACAGAUUUUAGUGGGAAACGAUGAUGUGGUGAUUCAGGGCAAAGCCGAUCUAUCUAAAAUUAGACAGGACGUUGACAGACUGGCAUCACAACAUGAAGUAUGGCGUCAAGAUUUGGAGGAGUUCAAAGAGAAAAUGGCGGCGCUUGAAAUAUUAAGAGAUGCGCUAAACAAGGUCAACAAAAAUGUUUCCUCUAGACGUGACCUAUCCAAGAAAUUGAAAGAGUUGGAGGGGGAUCUUACACAAGUGAAAAGUACAGUGGCGAAACUAGAUUCUACUUCUACUAAACAAGGUAAGAUUUGGCGAUACAUGAAUUAAAUAGAAUUGUGAUGCACUUGAAAGGCCAUCAUCAAAUUGUGAUGGACUUAACAGGACAUCAUCUAAAUGCGGUGCACUUGAAAUGACAUCUAAUAAUUCACCAGUAUUUAGGCCUAUCCAGUUUUUUAAAAUGUACUCACGUGACCACCUCAAAAUCCGUUAUGUGCAAGAAUAAUUUCUUUUAAACAAUGGUGAUCUGAUAAUUGUUUUGUUCAGAUUCCAAAGAAACUGCCGUUGAAAUGCCGGCAUUCGUUGCUGAAGCAGAUGGUAAGACAAAAGUGACCGUGGGAGACGUCAUCAAAUUUUCUGGAAUAAUGUACAACAAGAUGGGAUGUUACGAUACAACUACUGGUAAAUUUAAAGCUCCAUCAAAAGGGCUUUAUUUCUUCAGUACGUCAAUCAAUACAAACUCUAAGGGCUCGCUCACCGUCGCCAUGCGUCACAACGGCGAACACGUGGCUUUGUGUGGCACGCCGGACGGCAUUGACUUCCAGACGAGUACGUCCGUUUUGCUGGAACUUUCGCCAGGAGACAUGGUUUGGCUGGAACUUUGGCCAGGAGACAUGGUUUGGCUGGAAGCCGACCGCCAGACGUCAGUGCGAGGUGUGGACAUUGGAAGUGGAUUUUCUAACUUUAUUGGUCUUCAGCUUAGGUAGAACUCCAGGGAUUGGUAGAACUCUGUGGAUUGGUAGAACUCUGGGGAUUGGUAGAACUCUGGGGAUUGGUAGAACUCUGGGGCUUGGUAGAAUAAUGAAGAUUGGUAGAACUCUGUAACUUGGAAGAACUCUAAGGAUUGGCAGAAUAAUGAAGAUUGGUAGAACUCUAAGGAUUGGUAGAAUAAUGAAGAUUGGUAGAACUCUAAGGAUUGGUAGAAUAAUGAAGAUUGGUAGAACUCUGUAACUUGGUAGAACUUUAAGGAUUGGUAGAAUAAUGAAGAUUGGUAGAACUCUGUAACUUGGUAGAACUCUGGGGAUUGGUAGCACAAUGAAGAUUGGUAGAACUCUGGAACUAGGUAGAACUCUGGAACUUGGUAGAACUUUCGAGAUUAGUAGAACUGUAGAACUUGGUAGAAAUCUGGGGAUUGGUAGAAUAAUGAAGAUUGGUGGAACAAUGAAGAUUGGUAGAACAGUGGAGAUUUGUAGAAUAUUCUUUCUUUUGGUCAGUCAGACAAUAUAUAUAGUUCUCAUUUAUUCAGCAAAAAUUAUUAUGCGCUUGGAAAUAAUUAUUUUUAUUUUUAAAAGCACUUAUCUAUUUAACUUUUUUCUUGUAUAUUUAGUAACUAGACUUGAUCCUAAAACAAAUUUGAUGAAGUGAUACUCAGUCAAUUGUUCUUACAUCUGCACAUAAGCAAGUGUAUCAGAUUUGGAUGUUGCCAGAAUGAUCGUAAUUUAGAUCUAACUAUGGAGAGAGUAAUGCCUGAAAUAUUGCGGGGUUAUUGGUCGUAAUUUAGAUCUAACUAUGGAGAGAGUAAUGCCUGAAAUAUUGCAGGGUUGUCACGGAGAAACGAAAAACCGUGACGUAGGAUUUAUAAAUAUUUUCUUCUUCUUCUUCUUCUAUAUCUUAAGGGCCCACGAUCAAUUUAUUGAUCAUUUUGGCUCCUAUGCAUGUAGAUGGGAUUUGCAAUGUUUCUGUUACUGGUGGUGAUGAGGAAAUU